AUGGGUUGUGAACUGAAGCGUAUCUUUGUUGCAUUACUUCUGUUUCAGAUAUGUGAAUACGCAGCUGCUUCCAGACCCUCUCUUGCACUUCCUAAUUGUAGAAGCCGUUGCGGAAACGUUCUUGUUCCUUACCCAUUUGGGAUAGGCGCAGGUUGUUACAAGGACAAAUGGUACGAGAUUGUCUGCAUCAACUCAUCACAGCAUCUCUCUGUACCUUUCUUGCCAAGCAUCAAACGGGAAGUUAUUUCCUUCGCCCUUGGAGAUCCCUCAGCUUAUUCCUUCACAGUAUAUGUGAACAAGUUUCGCAUUACGAGUCCACUGAAAUAUACAGGUUGUUUCAAUGGAUCAGUAGGUGAUUCAUCGUCUUUGAAUAUGACCGGCAGUCCAUUCUUCAUAUCAGACAGUAAUAAGUUUACCGCUAUUGGAUGUAACAACAAGGCGUUGAUGAAAGGCACGGGGUUACAGAUCGUGGGAUGCGAGGCCACAUGUGGGAAUGAGGUAGGGCCUCACUAUGUUUAUUAUGGUGAAUGUGUGGGUUAUAAAUGCUGCCAGACCACUGUACCAUAUGGUCUUCAAGUGUUUGAUGCAACUGUGGAGAAACUGGAACCCGGAAAGGGCGGCUGUCAGGUUGCCUACUUGUCUAAUUUCACCUUGGCACCAUCUAUGUUUACACCUCCUCAACUACUAGAGUACCGUAACUACCUGAUGAUGCAGCUGGAAUGGAAUCUUAAUGUUCCUUUAGAGCGUUCUUUAAAUUGUCUAAUCAUCAAUGUGGAAGAAACAGGUGUUAAAUCUGGAUACCAAUGCAGAUGUAAUAAUGGCUAUGACGGAAAUCCCUACUUACCUGGUGGAUGCCAAGACAUUGAUGAAUGCAGCGAUUCAUAUCCAUACUGUGGAAAGAACAAGUGUGUGAAUGUUGAAGGAUCAUUCAGAUGUGUAAAAACUUGGCCAGCCAUUUUAGGUGGAACUCUAAGUUGUGGAUUGUUGCUUUUAGUCGUUGGAACGUGGUGGCUAUGCAAGGUUAAUAAAAAGCGGAAAGCAGCCAAGCAGAAGAGAAAGUUCUUCAAACGAAACGGAGGUUUGUUGUUAGAGCAGCAAACAAUCUCCCUUCAAGGCAGUGUCAACAGAACCAAACUGUUCAGCUCCAAUGACCUAGACAAGGCAACAGAUAAGUUCAACCCUAACCGAAUACUAGGCCAAGGAGGGCAAGGUACUGUUUAUAAAGGAAUGUUGGAAGAUGGGAAGAUCGUCGCUGUCAAGAAGUCCAAAGCAUUGGAAGAAGAGAAUCUUGAAGAAUUCAUAAAUGAGAUCAUCCUUCUGUCACAGAUUAACCACCGAAAUGUUGUCAAGAUCUUCGGAUGCUGUCUUGAGACAGAGGUACCUUUGUUGGUUUAUGAGUUCAUUCCCCACGGAAGCCUUUUCGACCAUCUUCAAAACCCGUCGGAAGAUUUCACAAUGACUUGGGAAGUCCGUCUCUGCAUGGCCUGUGAAGUUGCGGAUGCCCUCUCUUACCUGCAUUCAGCCGCCUCCAUCCCAAUAUAUCACAGAGAUGUCAAGUCAACAAACAUCUUAUUGGAUGAAAGGUACCGAGCAAAAGUGUCAGAUUUUGGGAUUUCGAGAUCUGUUCCUAUAGAUGACACUCACCUGACAACAUUAGUGCAAGGAACAGUUGGAUAUGUCGACCCUGAGUACCUUCAGUCAAGCCACUUCACAGCGAAGAGUGACGUCUACAGCUUUGGGGUUGUGCUCAUUGAGCUCUUAACUGGAGGCAAACCUGUCUCUCUUCUGAGGCCACAAGAAGUGAGGAUGUUGGGGUCUUACUUCCUCGAAGCCAUGAGAAAUGGCAGACUUCAUGAGAUUGUCGAUGCUCGCAUCAAGGAGGAAUGUGAUCAAGAAGAGGUCCUUGCAGUAGCCAAACUUGCAAGAAGAUGUUUGAGCUUGAACUCAGAACAUCGCCCUACCAUGAGAGACGUGUUUCUCGAGCUGGACAGGAUGCAAUCCAAGAGAAAAGGCACUCAAAGCCAAGCACAGAAUGGUGAAGAGCAUGCACAAGUCCAGAUCGUGAUACCGGAGUCUAUGUCACUCAGCUACUCUUCUCCGAACAUAGUCGUUGAAAACAGCUCAUUCUCACUGGACUCAAAACCACUCAUGCCUCAGAAGACACAGACACAGUGA